CCCGGCAGCCCCCGCGGUGCUCUCUCUCUCUUCCGGUCCGGCGGCGGCGGCGAGCGCGGCUCCGGUGCGACCAUGGCCAAGUCCAAGAACCACACCACGCACAACCAGUCCCGUAAGUGGCACAGAAAUGGCAUCAAGAAGCCCAAAACCCAUAGAUAUGAAUCUCUCAAAGGGGUUGAUCCCAAGUUUCUGAGGAACAUGAGAUUUGCAAAGAAACACAACAAGAAGGGGCUGAAGAAGAUGCAGGCCAACAAUGCCAAGCAGGCAGCUCAGCAGGCUGCUCAGCAGAAAAAGGACUGAUGUGCUUUAACCAGAAGGCUCAGUUUUCUUACUGGCGUGUGUGUUACAGCAUUUUUUAAAAUAAAAUUGUAUGUAACAAAGCCUUCACCU